AUGGAGCAACCGGCCGCUGCGAAAGCCGAUCAACCACCGGCCGCUAAACCAACGGAACCGACGAAGCCGGCCGAAAACCCACGAAGUCCUGCCUCGGACAGUGUACGAUCCCCACAAAUCCCGUUGUCCGUGGAUCCGGACAAUGCCGCGUUCCGACCAAAAGGCGGUCGAUCCGAACACAUGCUCGUCAACUUGAGUCGUGAUCGAAUUGCCGUUAAAGUAAGUCGUAUUUUAGCAGGAAGACGAAGAGUUUUUUGUUGAUAACAAAGCUUGAGAAGACUUGUUUUCAAACAAAAACGUCUAUUUUUCUUAAAAUUUAAUCAAAUCUGACCGAUACCUACAUAUACAACUAUACCUACAAAACUUUUGAGCACAAACACUGUUGUAACUUCGAAAAUCUAUUUCCAGGUUAAAUGCAGUGACAAUAACCUGUAUCGUGUCAAUCCAGUAUUCUGCUUCAUCGACGGUGGUCAGUGCAACAACCUGCUGAUCACUCGAUUGGAAGGUCCGCCCAAAACCGACAAACUCGCCUUGCACUAUGUUAAAUGCAAACCAAGCGAUACCGACUUCAAGGAGCUGUUCAAAAACACCCCGGCCACCGAUGUUGUAAAGCUACCGUUGACAUGCGUUUCAAAAGAAGAUGCUCCAGCCAUUGGACCGGACCUUUCCGAGAGAAGAUAG